GAGUGCAUUCCAAACAAAUCCUUUCAUUCCCUUGUACCCUACACUAUCCUCUGCCAUCCUCUCCUACAAAAUAACAAUAUGGCAAGAGAAAGAGUAAUCCCGCAUUCUACACACAGCGUCUCGCAGAGCUCAAAAGGGAGGCGACGGCGGCGAAGAGUGAAAGGAUUCAAGGCACUCUUGUUCGGUGGUGCCACAACGCUUCUACAAAACACGAUUGCGAUAGCCAUGGGUUUGUUGCUAUUCUCGGCUCGCAAGGAAACGGUCACGAAAAUGACGGUAACGAGCAGCAAAAAGUCGUUUUUCUUCGCAACCGCAUUCGUGGUGCCUUCCGCAACUGCUCCCUCGAUCGCCGGAAGAAAAUCUUCGGCAACACGGACUUUGCAACCCCACACUCUGAAGGCUCCCGUUGCGAGCAUCGGCAGGGGCCACUGUAAUCCACUCGGCGGCGGCCCCGACACCAUCGAGCCCAAAGACCGGUACGAAAUCGCCACACAACUCCUAGAUCUCGUCCUGGAGCGCCGUGCCCGGGACAUUCGCUCCGAGAACAAUGGCCCGGCAUCGAUAAUUUCCGGGGCACAAACGACCAACGACCGCCGCAGCGGCGAUAUCCAAGCCCUCAUCGAGGAGCUGACGGUCCCCGCGCUGAAAGGCAACCAGCCAGAAACCUACGAUCCGACCGAGUGUCUCUUUGGGGGAGGAUUUUUUUGCACCCUCUACUUUUAUUAUCCCAAUACGGGCGACGAUGGCGCCAACAAUGCCCCAACGCCCGAGGACCCGAUUUGGGAGAAGACGAGCUUGCUCCUCUCGAACAUCAAGGGCCAACAAUAUUACGUUCGGAAUAGCAACAACGACAACAAUCCGCGAGCCUUGUCCGUCAUCAAUUACAGCGAAAUAUGGGGACCCGGCUUUAAUAUACAAGCAGACGGGGACCUUACCCACAUCACCGAAGAGAACAAAAGUAGCAAUGGCACCACCCUGCCGGACAUUUACAGAGUCGACGCCACAAAGAUUUCGGUCUCGCUAUUUGGAGGACUGAUUUCGAAGACUUUUGAUAUCGAGGGAAGCGCAAACCUGGUAGUCCUGUACGCCGAUCCCAGGCUCCGAAUUUUUGUCAGUCCCCUCCCGUCCAAAACCAGGGUGGGAAGCUGGGAGCAAGCCGGGUUGGUCGUCGUUCAGGUCCGAAGCGAUUUGGUUCAACCCAAAAACGAAAGCACCCCAAGGGUAAUCGAUUUGAGGCGAUGAAGGAGCAGAUGCGACAUUGAAUAGAGUGAAGCACAAUAG